UUUUAAAACAGAGCUUUAUAACGGUACAAUACGCAAAGAUUUUAGUUGUGUGUGUAUGUGUGUGUGUGUGUGUGCGAGCGCCGAAGUGGAAAUGCGAACGAAGUCGUGAUCGCAGGCGUUUUUACUUCGUUUCAGUUUGACGCAUUCAGUUGCCGUCGAGUCCUCGUAUCGAACAAUUGUGCAAGGAUUGCCGCUGUCCGAGUGAGAUACAAGUGAAUGAAUGCAUUGAAAGUAUUCAGCAAUGAUUCAUUCAGAUGAUAUUUGAUAAGCCUGUGCAAAGCAAUUCAUGCCAAUCACAAAAAAAUAAAAAUAAAAUAAAAAAACAGAAAACGUUUUCAAUUUUUCAACAACAAGCGUUGGAACGAAAGAGAGACAUAAUAAAAAAUAGACAUAAUUUAAACAAACUGUCAAGCCGGUUACCGCCUCUAAAGUGCAUCCAGCAACAACAGCAAAAUAAACUAAAAACUUGACCGAAUUUCCAAUCAAUUUGGCGUCUCUAAUCUCUCAGGCCCAGAGUGUCGCCUUCGCCUUCACGAUCGCAAUCUCAAUCUCGCAAUGAUUUAUUCAGCAUAUUGGUGAGACAGAAAGAGAGAGAGAGAGAGAGAGAAAAGUAAAUGCGGCUUAUAGCGACACGUUUGUUGGACUACAUACAUAGGAAAAAGGUUGCCCCACCAGGGCUAUCACUCAGUCGUGUAAGCAGUCGUGUUAACAUUUUGCUGAUGAAUGCGAAGCUGACUCGCAGUGAGUGCCAAGGAUUCGAAGGAUGCCAGUGCAAGUGCAGUUCAAUGUGAAUCGUGUCUCAUAUUGCUGUUCGAUAGUAAACAACAGCGGAUAGUAGCAAAGUCAACAACACAGACACCAAGCAAAAGCAACUGAGGCACAACAGUUUCUCGCUGUUCUGAAUGGAGACGACGUGUGGACGCCAAGGGGCACGGGACGCAAUUGCAGAUAUUGGUCUAUUUGUAUUGGCGAGUGUUUGCCAACAUCAGCUGCAACAACAACAGCAACAACAACAACAUGGCCAUAAGGCAACAGCAACGAACUAAAUGUAAUUCAUGGUUACAAAUACCCAACAACCUGCUGCUACUGGUGGUGAACAUAAGUCUACACCCAUCACAAAAGUACCGCCAUGAAUGAGACAGAGUGUGAGGAUCUCAUUAAAUCUGUGAAAUGGACGGAACCGGCGAAUCUGAUCUCAUUGGCCAUACUCGAGUUUAUCAACGUGCUCGUCAUUGGUGGCAACUGUCUCGUCAUUGCCGCCGUCUUCUGUUCAAACAAAUUACGUAGUGUUACCAAUUUUUUCAUCGUUAACCUGGCCGUUGCGGAUUUACUAGUGGGCCUCGCGGUGCUACCCUUCUCAGCCACCUGGGAAGUGUUCAAGGUUUGGAUAUUUGGGGAUGUCUGGUGCCGCAUUUGGCUGGCCGUGGAUGUGUGGAUGUGCACGGCAUCGAUAUUGAAUCUAUGUGCCAUAUCUCUGGAUCGUUACGUGGCCGUCACGCGACCGGUUACCUACCCAAGUAUUAUGUCAACGAAGAAGGCCAAGUCUUUAAUCGCCGGCAUUUGGGUGCUUUCAUUUGUUAUUUGCUUCCCGCCCUUAGUGGGCUGGAAGGAUCAAAAGGCCAUGGUACAGCCGACCUACACACGGGGAAACUAUACGCUUUACUAUGCUACCACAAUGUCAAGCACACAGGAUGAGCAACUAGAUGUAGAUAAGAUUAAGGAUAAUCAGGAGGAGGCGUUAAUAACUGAAUGGAAUGGGAAUCGCAAAGGGAAUGGCAAUCGCAAUGGCAGUGGGAAUGGCAAUGGGAAUGGGAAUGCCUAUAAUCCAUAUGAUCCGAAUUUUGCGCCAAUUGAUGGCUCCGCGGAGAUACAUAUUGCAGCCAUGACAUCAACAACAACCAGCACUAUGUCCCCGAGCAUAGAUAAGGAUUACGAUCUGUUGAAUGCACCAGUGCAGAUUGUUGCACAACAGCCGGUUGCAGCCACCAGCUGUCCCUGGAAGUGUGAACUCACCAAUGAUCGGGGCUAUGUGCUCUAUUCGGCUUUGGGUUCCUUCUAUAUCCCCAUGUUCGUGAUGCUUUUCUUCUAUUGGCGCAUCUAUCGAGCAGCUGUGCGCACCACACGCGCCAUCAAUCAGGGCUUCAAGACCACUAAGGGCAGCCCGCGAGAAUCGGGUGGCAACAAUCGCGACGAUGAUUCCCAGCUUAUAUUACGCAUCCAUCGUGGUCGUCCAUGUGGGACACCGCAGCGCACACCACUCUCCGUGCACUCCAUGUCGUCGACGCUGAGCGUGAACAGCAACGGAGCCACACAUGGCACUGGCAAUGAGGAUCUGCAGAGCGUCUCCCAGCUGGGCACACCCAAGCGAGCGACUUCAAUGCGCGUUCAGCGUCAGCGGCACGAAAAGAUUGCCAUCAAAGUCUCAUUUCCUUCCUCGGAAAACGUAUUGGAGUCGCCUCGCCUGGGUGGCACACAGCAACAGCAGCAGCAACAGCAGCAGCAACAGCAGCCACCUUUAUCGCCCCACUACGCCGUCAUCAGCAGCAAAGGAGGUUCGGGGAGUCUCUCCAAUGGACGACGUGCAUCCUUCAAGAGCAGCCUCUUCGACAUUGGCGAAACCACAUUCAACCUGGACAACGCGAGCCGAACAGCUGUCGAUCUAGAAAGGGGAAACUCAUCGUCUGCGAAAAAGCGUGCCGGGAAACGGAGCGCCAAAAUUCAAGUGAAACGCUUUCGCAUGGAAACAAAAGCGGCCAAAACGUUGGCCAUCAUUGUGGGUGGAUUCAUAGUUUGUUGGCUGCCCUUCUUCACAAUGUAUCUGAUAAGGGCGUUCUGUGAGAAUUGCAUACAGCCAACGGUUUUCUCAGUGCUCUUUUGGCUUGGCUAUUGCAAUUCGGCAAUCAAUCCGGUGAUCUAUGCCCUCUUCUCUCACGAAUUUCGUAUUGCGUUCAAGCGAAUCGUUUGCCGUUGUGUUUGCACACGCAGCGGCUUUCGUGCAUCCGAGAAUUUCCAGAUGAUUGCCGCACGUGCACUGAUGGCACCUGCCACAUUCCACAAGACCAUAUCGGGCUGCUCAGACGAUGGCGAUGGCGUUGAUUUCAGCUGACUAAUUGGCAGCUAUGAGACGACGGAGGGUUCGCUACAGCGCACAUCAUCGCUGCCUCAUGAUGAGGCAGUUGAAGGAUGCAGCGAUGUCGAUACCAGGGGCAGCACUAAACGCAUACGGCGUGGUGGUUUCUGCAAAGGGCGAGUCCUCUAAGCAUCCACAGCCGCAGCUAGUACAAUUGAGAAAAAAAAAAAUAUGCAUUAGAAUUAAAAAACAAAAACUAAACUUGAAAUCCCAAAAAUAAUUGAAAUUAUUUGUGAGGAAUCAUUUUUUAUGGUUUACAAAAUUCAUUUCUGAUAUUUGACAAUCUUAAUUUUCUGCAUUUUAUGUCAUA